AUGGAUUUUCUGAGCAGCAGCGGUGCGAGGCUGAGUUCGGAGAUGCAUGGGGAACAAAGCGAGGAAGGUUCAGGAUUAUAUCCUGUUGCUGACUUCAACUUCUCUUUCAUGCUUAACGAAACGAACCAGUCCUUUGGAGAGUACGUUCACUUGUCUGAUUUGGAGAAAAGUGAUUUAUUCGGGGAUGGAUCCGCCGUCCUGAGAAUAAUAAUCUCUGUGAUUUACUCUGUGGUCUGUACCUUGGGGUUGAUAGGAAACAUCCUUGUUUUAUAUCUCAUGAAGUCUAAACAAGUAUGGAAGAAAUCGUCCAUUAACCUUUUCGUGACGAGUUUAGCGUUGACUGAUUUCCAGUUUGUAUUAACUCUUCCUUUUUGGGCAGUGGAGAACGCUUUGGACUUCACCUGGCUUUUUGGAAAAGCCAUGUGCAAGAUAGUGUCUUACGUGACAGCGAUGAAUAUGUACGCAAGUGUGUUUUUCCUGACUGCUAUGAGUGUGGCACGGUACUGGUCGGUUGCAUCGGCUCUCAAGAGCAGGCGGCGCCGUCCUCGCUGCUGCUCCGCGCGCUUUAUGAGCAUUGUCAUAUGGGUUGCUGCUAUAUCCGCAGCUUUGCCCCAUGCGGUGUUCUCCACAACGGCGACUGUCUCCAACGAGGAACUGUGCCUUGUUAAAUUUCCAGACACCGUUGACGCACAAUUCUGGCUUGGACUUUACCAUAGUCAAAAAGUACUGAUCGGGUUUCUAAUACCGCUGGGGAUCAUCUCCGUCUGCUACCUGCUGCUUUUGCGCUUCAUCACAUCCAGGAAUGUGAACACCUCCAGCGCAAAGAGGCGCUCCAAAGUGACAAAAUCUGUGACUAUAGUGGUUCUGUCAUUCUUCCUCUGUUGGUUGCCGAACCAGGCACUAACGGCGUGGGGAAUUCUCAUAAAACUCAACGUUGUGCAUUUCAGUUGGGCAUAUUACACCACGCAGGCAUAUGUAUUCCCAGUGUCUGUCUGUUUGGCGCACUCUAACAGCUGUCUAAACCCCAUAUUGUAUUGUCUAAUGAGAAGAGAGUUCAGAAAGGCUUUGAAAAAACUUUUUUGGCAAAUAACUUCUCCAUCCGUGACCAACAUGAGACCAUUUACGGCGACGACCAAGCCAGAGCAAGACGAGCAUGGACAUGCGUUGGUACCGUUAAGUCCGGCAGAGCCAGCCUUGGUUUUCUAUCCACCUGGUGUUGUCAUUUACAAUGGGAGAAACGAUAUGCUCCCGAACAGUACGUAG